AUGCUCCAAACAGUUUGGGUGUCCUCUCCAGGGAGCUGGCCUCUACGGAAACCAGGUUGCCAGCGGGAUGGGAAACAAAUAAGCUGGAAAUGUGGAUUUGUCAGAACUAUCAUCCAGCAUCCAUGUCCGAGGCAUUACCCCAAAGGCCGCAGGAAAGCAAGAAUGUUGAGGAAAAUCCAGCUAUGCCUCUGCUUCUGCUUCAUCUCAGGCAUCUUGUACGAGAUCUCCCUGCUGUCCAGCUGCUUCUUCUCCUACGUGCCAAUGUCCAAGCACUUCCUGACACCUGAGCAGGUCUUGAACCUUGGCAAAAGCAUCAUCUUUCUGGAGACCACGGAGCGCCUGGAGCCACCUCCUCUGGUGUCCUGCUCCGUGGAGUCUGCAGCCAGGAUCUACCAGGACAGGCCCAUCAUCCUCUUCAUGAAGGGACUUACCAACGACACAGCAUUGGACCUGAAUUCCAGCUAUGCAGCCUUCUCCCUUUUGUCUUCUAUGAAGAAUGUCUUCAUUUUUCCUCUCCAGAUGGAAACUGUCUUCCAGGAGACCCCUCUGCUCCCAUGGUACAACCAGGUAGACCCGGAGCAGGAGAAGAACUGGGUCCACGUCAGCUCUGACGCCAGCAGACUGGCACUCAUUUGGAAGUAUGGGGGCAUCUACAUGGACACAGAUGUCAUCUCCAUCAGGCCCAUCCCUGAGGAAAGCUUCCUAGCUGCACAGAAGUCACGGUUCUCCAGCAACGGCAUCUUUGGCUUCCCUGCCCACCACAAAUUCAUUUGGGAUUGCAUGGAGAACUUUGUCCUCAAGUACAACGGGAACAUCUGGGGGAAUCAGGGCCCCUUUUUAAUGACAAGGAUGCUCAAAUCCAUCUGCAACCUCACAGAUUUCAAAGGCACCGAGGACCACAGCUGCCAGAAUAUCUCCUUCCUCAAUCCCCAGCGUUUCUACCCCAUCCCUUACCCAGCCUGGAGCAGGUACUACCAGGUGUGGGACAAGAGCCCCAGUUUCAACCACUCCUACGCCCUGCACUUGUGGAACUUCAUGAACAACAACCGCAAGGUGGUGGUGGCAGGCAGCAACACCCUGGCUGAGAAGCUCUACAAAGCCUACUGCCCCACCACCUACCAGGACCUGAUCCAAAAUGCAAAGCUGAGGGAUUUCACAGGCUCUGAGGACGCUGCCUGA